AUGCACGUAUUCUGCCAAUUCAAAUAUCCCAAGGUCAUCCUCGCUAACAUCGCCUGUGGUCUCCUCGGCUUCAACCAAUACGCCAUCCUCUCCUCCAUCCGCCGCGUCAUUAACCCUCGCUUCAACCUCACAUCCCCUCUCUCCAGCGGUCUCUUCUACCUGGCUCCUGGCGCUGGAUUUCUCGUUGGAAGUACCGUCGGCGGUAAAGUCUCUGAUGUUGUCGUCAAGCGAUACAUGCGAAAGCGGAACGGGCAGAGAAUCCCUGAAGAUCGCUUGAACAGCAGUCUAGUCAGUGUUCUCAUUAUUCUUCCUCUUGGAACACUGCUUUAUGGGUGGAGUGUCUAUCAUAGACUGGGUGGUAUGGCGUUGCCGAUUAUCAGCGCGUUUAUUGAAGGUUUUGGACUCAUGGCGUCGUUUAGUGGGCUGAAUACAUACGCAGCUGAGGUUCGGCCAGCACAUAGAACAGCAGUCAUCACAGGAAAAUACGUUGUACAGUAUAGUUUUGGCGCAAUGAGCGUUGGCGGCGUCGUCCCAAUGAUUGACAGCAUCGGCGUAGGCUGGGCCUUCACCGUUAUCACCGGCUUCUCAAUGCUCGCAGGUGUCUUGGUCCUCCUCAUCGCGCGGUUCAGCAAAAAUUGGAAGGCAUAG